CAAAUAACUACACACGCGCGUAAUUUGAUUUUUGUAUUUUAGGUUUCAAAAGAAAUUCUUCUGAAAAAUGAAGGUGUAUUAUGUUUAUUGAAGUAUAUUUUGGAUUUUUCAAUAAGGCGUUUAGCCCUGCUUCUUUAUGAGGCGACAACAUGCUCCAAGCCAGCUGGCUCUGGCUACAGCAAAGAGGAAGCCAUCCUUUGAUGGUAGAGCAACAAAUGAAGGAAGCAAAUGCAUGAAAUAUGGCGGCGGUGGGUUGUUCCCAUCAACAGCUACCAGGCGACCUUUGGAGUCAGUCAGCAAUAAACCAACCCAAACAUCAAGUCAUGAAGAUUUGAUUCGUAAAAUAUUGUCAAAACCAUUCAAGAUACCAAUUCCCAAUUAUAAGGGGCCAACGCUUGCAAAUCGUGGUUUGGGUGUAAGAAGGCAAGGUGCAAAGCAACCUCUGCAUGACCCAAAUGAAGAGGGUGCCCUGGUUCUCUAUUCACCACCAGUGAUGUCAGCACAUGACCAACUUUUAGCUGAUAAAGAAAAGCAGCAAAUUCAUGUUGUUGUUGAUCCGGUGUUAUCGAAAGUUCUUCGUCCGCAUCAACGGGAGGGUGUGGAGUUUAUGUGGAAAUGUGUCACAGGUCGUAAGAUUGAAAACAGCUACGGAUGUAUCAUGGCAGAUGAAAUGGGUCUAGGUAAAACACUGCAAUGCAUUACUCUUCUAUGGACAUUAUUACGACAAAGUCCUGAUGGUGGGCCAGAAAUCAAGAAAGCUAUUGUUGUUGCACCGUCAAGUCUAGUAAAGAACUGGUAUAAUGAAAUCACAAAGUGGUUAGGAAACAGGAUAAAUGCAUUAGCCAUUGAUUCAGGAUCUAAAAGUGAUAUAGAUAAACAAUUAGAGUACUUCAUGAGCCAAACCAAGCGGUGUGCAGCAAACCCUGUGCUGAUCCUGUCUUAUGAAACAUUUCGUCUUCACUCUGAUGUCCUCCAUAAAGGUUCUGUGGGCUUAGUUCUCUGUGAUGAGGGACACCGACUGAAGAACUCUGAAAACCAAACUUACUUAUCAUUAAAUGCCUUGAAUGCCAAAAGGCGUGUGCUUCUGUCUGGCACCCCUAUUCAGAAUGAUCUUUUGGAAUAUUUCAGCCUUGUACACUUUGUCAACACAGGUAUUUUAGGCACAGCUCAAGAAUUUAAGAAACGUUUUGAAAUUCCUAUAUUACGUGGUCGAGAUGCUGAUGCAUCAGAUUCUAUGAGGGCGAAAGGACAAGAGAAGCUGGAAGAGUUAGCAAAGCUAGUGAAUAGGUGCAUCAUCCGAAGAACUGCUUCAAUUUUAUCCAAAUACUUACCAAUUAAAGUUGAGCAAGUAGUGUGUUGCCGAUUGACCUCUCUCCAGAGUGACCUUUACAAGAGGUUUGUUCGAUCGAAAAGCACUGAAAUUACUAGCAAUGGGAAGGUCAGUGUGUCAUCUCUGUCAGCUAUCACACAUCUCAAAAAAUUGUGCAAUGAUCCUUCUCUUAUCUAUGAGAAAUGUAAGACUGGUAAAGAUGGCUUCCAGGGAAUGCUGAAUUUAUUUCCUGAUAAUUACAAUCCUAACAAUGUCCGUCCAGAUUUAUCAGGGAAGAUAUUAGUGCUGGACUACAUCCUAGCAAUGGUGAAGAGCACUACGAGUGAUAAGGUUGUGCUUGUCUCUAACUACACUCAGACGCUCGAUCUUUUUGAGAGAUUAUCAAGGCUUAGAGGAUACAUCUAUGUACGCUUAGACGGUACAAUGUCAAUCAAGAAACGGGCCAAGAUCGUUGAAAAGUUCAAUGACCCUAGGAGUCCAGAGUAUAUCUUUAUGUUGAGCAGCAAAGCCGGUGGAUGUGGCUUGAACCUGAUUGGUGCAAACAGGCUUGUGAUGUUUGAUCCGGACUGGAAUCCAGCCAAUGACGAUCAAGCGAUGGCACGUGUCUGGAGGGAUGGUCAAAAGAAGCCAUGCUACAUUUACAGACUUGUCUCGACCGGAACAAUCGAAGAAAAGAUCUUGCAGAGGCAGGCGCACAAGAAGGCAUUGAGUAGUUGCGUGGUUGAUAACGAGGAUGACGUGGAACGACACUUCUCCCUUGAGGACCUGCGGCAUUUAUUCAAGCUUAACGAAGACACGCUGAGUGAUACGCAUGACAAGUAA